ACCAAGGCAACCAAGGGAAAUACCAAUUCAACCGAAGGAGUUCAGAAGGCAACCGAAGGAAUUUGUAAGGAAACCGAAGGAAUUUUCAACACAGUAUGGAACUUGCAGCUAUUGUAGAAAGGCCCCACAAAAGAAUCAGAAUUAUUGGAACUCAGACAAUGAUGAAAACAUAUCCAGUAUAUUAGAUUUAAAGAAAACUGCUGAUCGAACUCCACCAAACUCUGUUGUAACAAUGGCAUCCAAAAUAAAAAGUCAAGAAAUGAUUCAGAUCGAUAACUCAAACUUAGACAAUAAUAAUAAAAAGUAUACUUGGCCAAUCCCAGUUCCUGCAACUCUGAGUAAGAAAACGAAGAAAAGCCAGCAGAUGAAGACAAUAUCAUCCUCAUACAUAGAAAAAGAAUCAUCGCAUGAUGCAUUAUCUGAGGUAAAGAUAGCAACCAAUCGAGAGCUAUUAACUUCUAAGCAGAUAGCUGAUCCUCCAUGUGUUGGAGCUCGCAUAAAGCUAUCAAGCUGUGAAGGGAUAACAGAUCCUUCAUGUGGUGGAAGCUCUGAGCAGAUAACAGAUCUGUCAUUCGGUGGACCUCAAAAUCAAAGAAGCCGCAGUAAACUUUCUAAAGAGAAGCCCAAAAAUAAUAGUUCCUCAUCAUUCCAAGGUUCACAAGCAAGUUCACUCAAAUCUGAAGCUCUUAAGGACCUAUUGACUUCCAUUAAAGAACCAAUAAUAAAUAAUGUUGAUGCCAAUGAGAAAUCGAGCAGAAACAAGACAAAUAACCAAAAGCAAUCCGAGGAGUCACAGAAACUUGUCGCUCAGCUGGUUCGCAGGUGCAACUCGCAAUGUGAAAAAACAUUCUUAGCUACUCAAGAGAUUUUGAAACGUAUUAACGAUGUAGGCAAUAGUCGCAUUGUUGACAAAGGUAAAUCAAAUAAUUCUAUCUAUGGCGAGAGGCAAAAAGAAGAGAGUGCAGACAGGUCAAGUGUGGAUAAAUCAGCUAAUAAGUCAAUGAGCCAAAUACCCCUGCAAUGUCAUUCAUCAUGCCAAACAAAUGAUGAAGCUGAUCUGAAUUCUUUGAACAGCGAAUGUAGAAAAUGCCAUCUCGUUAAAAAUUCGCUGAAUCUUAAGCUCUCUCGCUUGAAGCAGGACAAUAGUGAAUAUCCUCCCACUUUGGUAGAAUAUAAUGUGGAGGCAAUUACACGUUGCCCCAGCAAGGCGGACGUUGACUCCAAGGCGAGCUUGAUGUGUGAUCUUCAAGACUUGAAUGAAUCGAAUAUAGAAGAUAUGAUGCAAGACAUGAAAAAAUGUUGCAAUCAGACGCAGUCAAAUUCGAAACUUCCGCUGUUACUUUUGCCUUUUCCGCUGAACGGAGAAACAGAUGGAAACAUGGGCACCAUUUGUCAACCAGAUGAAUGGCAAGAGAUUGAUGAAAGCCAGUUACCAAAUAUUUUAAACAGCGUCAGUCAACGGCCGUCAGAGUGUUUGGAUAAUUCAAGCAAUGGUCCACAGGCUGAUAAGUCAGGUUUUAAUAAGCAGAAAGAUCCGUCAAUUUGUGACGAUAAGGAAAACGUCAUACAAACAUCCUUCAAUGCAAGUGAAGCUCUAACAGAAGCUGAUCAGGCCUCAGUCAAGUAUGAAUCCACUAUAGCCACGGAUUCAAAGGAUGUCAUAAAUCAGAUGAGAUCAACUGAAGUCGAUAAGCAGAACUACUCUCAAACAUCAUUAAAUACGAGAGAGGCAUUAGCAAAAUCAGACCAGACUUCAGCCAAGUAUGAGUCCACCUUAACCAUAGCAUCGACUGAAGUCGAUAAGGAAAGCGACUAUCAAAUGUCGUUAAGUGCCAGUGAGGCUUUUGCAAAAGCAAAUCAGACUUCAGCCAAGUAUGAAUCAACUAAAAAGACAGGUUCAAAGGGCGUCACAAAUCAGAUGGGAUCACAGAACAGUUCAGUGGCCCCAAUUAGAUAUAAUUCUCGUCAAACAUUCCCCAAGAACAAAUGCUUAGAUAAUAUCCAAACUACGAGAAAUAGCUACUCCCAAACUGAUGACAAACAAGCAAUUCAAUCGCAAAAAGAUCGUAAUGCAUCCAAAGUGCCGGGGAAACGGGAGCUAUUGCCAAAUAAAACCCUUUAUGAUGCUGCUGAGAGACGUUCAGAUCACAGAAAACCUUUCGAAGAAAGGGACAAUCAAAGAAAUCAAGCCGAUGCAAGGGAUAAAGAUGUCGUCGUGCUUAUGAACAAGCGUAAAUUGCGAAGGACAAGCAGAGGGGUCACGGACAUUGACGAACUGAAAUCAAACAUCGAGUGUCCACAGUGCCGCAGGAAGCUUGUUGCAGAAGCUGAUUGUAAUUUCAAUGAUAGAAGAGAACGACCGCAAAUGUUGCAGCAGGAGCAACAGCUGAGACGGUUGCCGCAGGUGCAGCAACACCAAUGGGGCAAUGGCUAUGCAACAUUGGAACAAUGUUAUCAACAGCUGCAAGCGGAUUAUGGGCCGCAACAACAAUUUCGGAGGAUGAUGCCACAGACAGUCCAUCCGGCCGACAUGCAACGUAACGGAGUUGCUAGAAAUAUUACAGAUUCCUUCUAUCAGGGCACUUUGUACAAAUAUGGCGUGCCGUGCAUGCCCAGACAAUACUCCAACCGUAAUUAGGUAAUAAAUUGUAGACAACAGA